AUGCCUCCCGAUCAGCCAGAGACAUCAUCCGACGAUGAGAUCGCCGCGCUAUGGGCUCGCGCAGAGCCUGCCAAGUACCAUCUCAUGCUCUCGGGAGAUGAACAUGAGACGCGCAAGCAGAUGGAUGACUUCCUGGAUUCUGUAACGAACACGAAUCUGGAGCACCUAUACCCUUCCCAACGAUGCUACGUUUGUGAACCUUUGACCUCCGGAGCUGAAACCGUCAACGGCCAGGUCGCCAAGCACGAGAAUGAUCGUUCAGAUGAAGCGCAGGGACAGCCUGGUGUGGGACGUCGUCGUACGGGACGGCUUGUUCAGCUUAUCGACUACAUAUCCUCCACCCCGCUCAAGAACCUGCAAAGAGACUUCGACCACGAGCUCGCGGCAUGCGGCAACGCUGACUGGGACAAGAUAGACGACGCUAAUGCCCUUGAUACGCGCGUCCGUGAGGUGUGCAGGCACCUGGUUGUCGCGCAAUGCCUUCUGUCAGACAUGCAGAAGCUGGGCAACAAGGACCGGACGGACAUCCUCAGGCGAUCGUCUGAUAGGGCGAUGGUCGAGAUGAUCAAAGGGCGCCGUGCUGCUUUCGACGAGAUGCAUGAGAAGCUACAUCAGUCGGCCGUACGUGAGGUCGACCGUUUGCGCAGGCUUCACCGCGACGAGAUCAAGACGCAUCUGAGACUGAAGUUGAAGUCCAUCAUGCUAGAGCACGCAACCACACGCGCAGCUGAGCUCGGGAUAGACCUCUAUGCGCCAUCGGAAGAAGCACCCAAUUCUUCAUCAUUUCCUAUCCUCCUUAGUAUCGAUUAG